AUGAGCACUUUGACUUUCGUGGAACUUAUCACAGAGAAUCGGUUACUCUUGCUUACUGCACUCAUCGUUUCUUGGAUAAGUUUCAAACUUUCACAGUUAUUGUUGAUCUAUUUGAAAUACACUGUUGGAGUAUGGUGCUUUUCUAAACGGAAAACACUUCGUCAGGCUGGUGAAUGGGCAGUUGUCACUGGUGCAUCGUCAGGUAUUGGUGAAGCGUAUGCAGAAGAAUUGGCCAAAGAAGGUCUCAAUAUCAUGCUUAUCAGUAAUCAUGAGAAACAACUGUCGUCCGUUGCUAAACGAAUCGCAAAUACCUACAAUGUUCAAACACGAAUUGUGGUUGCAGAUUUCACUAAAAAUGAUACAUAUGAUAUAAUAAGACCCGCUAUUGAUCAAUUAUCUACAAUUGCUUGUUUAGUGAAUAAUGUUGGUAUGGGAUUACCAUUAGAGUUAUUUACUGGAGAAAUGGAUUCACCAAAUGAAGAAUCAAUAAGAAAUAUCAUUCAUUGUAACAUUUUGUCUACAGUUAUGAUGACAAGUAUCAUUCUACCAAAAAUGUUAACACAGAAAGGACCUAAUCCUGGUAUUAUAAACAUUGCAUCUUAUUCAGCACUUAGAACAACUCCAUAUUUAACUGUAUAUUCUUCAACAAAAGCGUUUAUCAUACAAUUUUGUAAAUGUUUAUCUGCUGAGACAUAUCGAAAGAAUGUGAUUAUACAGACAUUAUGUCCAUUAAUUAUCUAUACCACAAUGACUGAACAUGAAAAACCAUCAUAUUUUAAUCCAUCGGCUAAGUCAUUUGUUCAUAGUGCAUUAAAUAUGUAUGGUGUAGUACAACAAACUACUGGUUAUAUAUUACAUGAAUAUAAAGCUUAUUUAUUUGAUUUAUUACCAACAUCAUUGUGGAUAUUAUUGACAUAUGCUAGAGUGAAUGCACGUAAGAAAUAUGUAUAAUGGUAUGGUAUGAUAUGAUACUGUUCCGAUAAACAUAAUGAAUGGUAACUUUUGAGAUCCUAUUGAUGGACCAAUACUGUGUGUAUAUUUUUUUUAUCAUAUAAUUGUUAAAUAACUAAAUUAUUCAUAUUUUUCUUAUCAUGAGCUUUCUUUUGACUUAUGAACCAUUAUUAUACGUUUUACCAUUCUUGAAUUAUACCCGGUCUAUCAAUUACUACCUUCCAUACUCACAGCCACUUUUGGCUAAAUCUUGUACAAAUAUUGUUUCCUAUUUUUAUUGGUACGAUAUGGUCGGUCUGGUUAGUAUAUAAAUUCAGUAUGUUUGAGAUAAAUGAUUUAUAUUGCAGAGGCUGA